AUGAAAGUAACCCUGGGUGCACUAUUUUUUUACUUAUUGUUCAUUUUUGCUAAAUGCCAUAAUGAUUUAAAUUUUGAAAAGAUAAUUAAGUAUCUUAAAGAAACGAAACUAAUACCUGAAUACGUACCAGAUAAAUUAGAAGGCGCAAUACAAAUAGUGCCCCCUUAUUUAAUCUAUAACUACAAAGGAAAAAUUUAUUAUUUACAUAAUAAUGUUGAUAUAUCUGUAGUAGAAGGAAAUAACGAGGAAAUACUUCUUACAGAUAAAGAAAUUGACGAAGAUAAAGCAGAAGAAUGUCAUCCUGUGCCCCCUGAAGAAAUAUUACCACCCAAAUCUGAACCAAUUCCUCUCUCAAUCCCAGAAGAAGAAACAGAUUUAAGCAUCAUUGCACCUGUUGAUGAAGAUGAGGAUUUAAAGGGCAUGCUCGUUGAUGAAGAAACAGGAAUUCUGGUACCUAAAAGUAGUUCAGAAAUAGUAGAUACAGGAAUAAAAACUCCGGUUGAAUUUCAAUUACCAGCAGUACAUGAACUAACGAAUGAACAGAAAGAAAAAAAUACGACCAUUUAUUUUUAUAACAAAGAAGGUACUAUAUUUCAACUAAAAGAUAUUAUUCAAUAUAAAGAGAAUGAUCAAAUAUUUAAAAACCUAGGAUUAGAUUACCAACGAUUUUACGAAGAAUCAUUAAAUGAAGAAGAAGAAAAAAAGAAAGUUACUACUGCUACCCAUAAUGUAGAAAUGAAUACUUAUGAUAAUUUCAUAAAAGCAUUACAUAUACUACUCAAGGGAGAUGAUGGAAAAAAACAUUAUACCAUAAACAAUGUAUCUAAGAAUGAUAUUCAAUUAUUUUUAAAAGAAGCCUAUAUAAAUAUACACAACUCUUUAAAGAGGUAUGUGCUGUUCAGUGGUUACUCCUUUGAAGAUUAUACCUACCCUGUAGAUUCAUUUUCUCUAGAUAAUUUGUUAAAUGACUUUUUUUUCUUAACAAAUGAUAACUUUUAUAGCAAUGGGUCCUUCAAAAAUAUAGUAAAUAAAAUUAAAUACAUAUCAACUGCAAAAGAUAAAGUAAGUGUAAAAAAAAUAGAAAGGACUGUUAAACGCUUCUUACGUGAGAAUAAUUUAGAAGUCAUAGACAUCAAGUUAGUUCAUCAUUUAUUCUCCAGAAAUAACAUUCUAAAUUAUAAUGAAAAUGAUCUAAUUAAAUAUGCCAUAGAUUUAGUAAACAUCUCUCAGAUAAAUAUAUCACCUAGGGUUAUUGCUUCUAUAUUUGCUUAUUUUUUACAAAAAAUUAACAUAGACCUUAUGCCGAACUAUGUAACAAUGUCGAAAAAUAAUUAUACAUUAUUUAUGGAAAAUAAUGAUUUAUUAAUUAAGAUCGAGUUAUUAUAUAGAGAAAUUUUUAAAAAUUUCUUUAAAUAUACCUUACCUGCAGAUGAAGGAGAUGAAGAUGAAGAUAUAAAAAAGAAAGAAACACAUGAAAAGGCCUUAUCUAUGGCUCCAUGGGCUCCAAAUCUGUAUUCCCAAUUUGAUAGCACCUAUGAUUUCUUAUCAUUCAAAUAUGGAUUAGUAUUAUUUUAUAAUUCCUACCAUAAAAUUAUCAACUACUUUGAAGAGAAUGCUAAAAUAAAGCAAAUAAUGAAUAUUCACAGAAAAACAAAAAAAAUUGAUACCCUUGAUAAAUUUUUAAAUAUACUAAUAAGUCUAUUUCCAAUAAAUGGAAAUUCAGCUAUUGCAAGCCGAUUAUCUUUUUUAAGUGAAGAAAAACCGUUGAAAAGGACUCUAAGCAGCAUAGAUGCAUUUGAUGAUGACAAAGAUGACGAUACAGAGGAAGAAGAAGAGGCAUCAAAAAAUGAACAGAAAAAAAAAGAAUUCAAAAAACAAAUAGAAGCAGAAUUAGGCGAAGAAAGAAAAACUCUUGUAGCUCAGAUAGAAGAAGAAAAAACUAGGAAAAAAAAAGAAGAAGAAGAAUCAAUUGCAACAACGGAUAGUAAACAUGAACUAGAAACACAAAAAUUAGAAAAAGAUGAAGUACAGCAAGAAAUAUCGCAAGACGAAGAAUUCGAUAGAAAAUAUGAAGAAGAUUAUAAAGACGAAUUGGAAUACAUUAAAGAACGAGAAGGUGGUUCACAGCAUACAGAUAAACCAAACGGUGAUUCUCAUAGCUUAUCAACUCCAUCAUUUUAUUAUAAUACUGCUCGAAAAUAUAUAUAUGAUGUAAUGGAUAGAUCUUUUAAAGACACAAUUAAUUUAGGGUAUCAGUUUGCUAAUGAAGUAGAUAAAAAAUUGCGCGAAGUGUAUACUUUAUUAAAAAGAGGUUCAACCCCUAAUUAUGAUGAACUAAGGGAAGAAUCAAUACAAAAUGGAGAUAAAUUAUUUGAUCAGCUGAAAGAAAAAAUAAAAAAUAAAGAAAAUCAAAAAAAUAUAAAUAUAUACAAAACAGAGAUAGAAACAGAACUUAAUCAAAUACAAAAAAAGACAAAUGGAAAAUAUAUGAUAAUAGAAGGUAUAAUUUCGGAAAAAUAUGAACAGUAUAAAGAGAAUGUCAUUAAAUUAUGUAAUAAAAGAUUUUAUACAAAUUUUAGAAAAAUGUUAGGGAAAAAAAAAAUGGAAAUGCUAAAAGAAUUUAGAGCUGCUUUAAAACAUGCACUUCGAAUAGUAAAAGAUUUUGCACCUAGUUAUAAUGAGCAAGAAUAUACAGAUACCUUUACUAAAAUUUAUGAAGAAAAAAAAAAAUUGUACAAACAGGAAUAUUCAAAAUCAAGAAGGUUAAUUUCCAAAAAAUUAGAUGCUAACUUUCAUAUUCAUCUAAAGGAGCAUUUUGAAAAUAAAGAAGUGAUCAUUCACCAAAAUCUUCAACAAAUAAGAGAAUAUUUUUUGAAAAAAAUUGAUAGCAUCAUUAUGGAACUGUACAAUGAUAUGUCUGUUGAAUUACAAAUAGACAGAUUAAAGCUUAAAAAUGAAAAGAAAAAUAUAUAUGAAAAAAUUAUAAAUAUACAACAAGAAGAGAUAAAUUUCCCUAAAGACUUAAGGGCACUAGAGGAUAAUUUAAAGCAACUAGAACGUGAAAAUCCUCUUAAGUUGAAGGAAAAACAAGAUGCAUUAAAUAAUGAUAUAGCAAAUCUGAAGGAAAAGGUACAGAAAAACAAAAGCGAAUUGCUUUUACUUAAAACCGCAUUUACCACCGUAUCUCAACAAUAUGAACAGAUUAACACUAAAAUGGAGGUAGUACAAGAAUUAGAAAAAAAACUCAGAUUGUUUAAAUAUGACAUACUCAAGGAAUAUAAAGAAAGGCAGCUAAAAGCUGAAGCAUUUGUAAAAGGAGCAAAUACCCUAUCUGAAAUAUAUGAACGUAUAGAAACUAUAACUAAUUAUCUAUAUCUCACUUUAGAGGAUAUAUAUGUAGAUGAAACAGAAACGAAGCUACAAUUAACCAUAGUUAAAAAUAAGAAAAAAAAUGUAGAAUUGGACAUAAAAAUAAUAGAAAAGUUUCAUGAAAUUAAUCCAGAUGAAGAAAAAAUGGCAAAGAACAAAUUAAAUAAAGAGAGCUCAAAAGCGUUAGAUGAAGAAAUAACAAAAUUAAAAGAUAAUCUAAAAAAAUUAGAGGUGAAAAAAGAUAUAAUUGUACACGAAUUAAAUUAUAUAACAAGUGAUGCCGUGCAUAAAGUGCCUGAAACUAUGAAGGUGCUACUUCCUAUAGAAUUAGAUACGCAUGAAAAAAAAGCAUUUGAAGAUUUUGUAAGAACUCUAACACAAGAUAUAGAAGUAUAUAACAGUGCUUUCAAAAUAUUUAUUAUGACCAUAGAUGGAAAUUUACAUGAAGAUGAAGAUGAUUUAAUUUAUUCUUAUAACUAUAUGAAAUUAGCUCAGGAUAAAAAGAAUAGGAAUGAAAAAUAUGAAGUACAUUAUGAAAGAAAUAUACAGAUAUUUAGCACAAAAGUGCAAGCAUUUCAUAUAGAUUUCAAAAAUUAUAUAAGUUUAAGAAAAAAAAUAGAAACAGACAAGGAGAAUGAAGAAACACUUCUCUACCUAGAACGAAAUGAUAUCCAUUUGGAAAAUAUGGUGCAUAAGUUGAAAAGUAACAUGCACAAAAAUGUUCCUGAUUUUAGUUAUCUUUUGACAAAUCCUGUAUACAUGACAGAUAAGAUAAACAAUGAAAAAGAAGAGGCUGCUCAAGCCUAUAAGUCAUUACUAGAAACGUAUAAGAAUCUACAAACAGAUGGAAAUUUAAUUAGUGAAGAUUAUCGAAAUUGGAUUCAUCACGAUAUGCUUUAUAAACUUACAUCCCAAAGGCUACUAGUAUAUAAGGCAAUAGAAAAGAAAUACAUACAAAGAUCAAAGGAUGUAUAUCAGAAUUCUUAUGAUCCAAAUAAAGUUAAGGAAAAAAGAAUAGAUGAAGUAAUAUAUGAUGUUCAAACAAACACUUAUUUGUCUACCCCUGUAAUGUUACAAUAUGGAGGGGAGAUUAUUUGGGGAGAUCCAUAUGAUAAGAGAAAAUAUUUAAGAGUAAUAAAAGAGGAAGAAAAAUAUCCGUAUGCUUUAAAAGAAAUAAAAGAUAUCUACGUUUUAAAUAAAAUAAUUAAGGAUAAGCUGAUAAAAAGUGGAAAACUAGAACAAUUUAAAGAAUAUAUGAAUUCUCAAGUAUAUACUAUAGUAGAGGAAAAACAUACAGCAUCAUAUUUAUUCGAAAAGGAAGAUUUAGAUAAACUUAAUUUAUUAACACUUGAAGGACGAUUGAUACCAGGAAAUUUAAAAAACUUUUUUACUCAUUUUAAUUUACCUGAUACAUGGAAAAACAUAAGUGAAAUUAUGGACACAGCAUCAGAGUAUUUGAAACAAACAGACAUGAGUUAUGAUGCAAUUAUCGAGAUUAUAAAAUUUUUGAAAGAAAAUCCAAAUGUAAUUAACAUAAGAGAUAUAAUAACACUAAGUGAAAAUAUUAUGAACACGUCUAAUAUAUAUUUUAUGAAACCUGAUACGUUGUCCAUUUAUAUAUUGUCUGUCUUAGAAAUGUUAGGAAUACAAGUACAAAUGGAUGAUAUACACAAAAGAGAUACCAAAUCUAAGGUAAUAAUUUAUUUGAAUAUUCUUAAAAGUCAUUAUAAAAGAAAAGAAAUAAAAACUCAGCUUCAAGAUUAUGUAGUGAAGUUUUUAUUACCACAAGAAAUUCUAGAAUCUGCUACUUAUAAUCCUAAAUUGUAUGAACUAAUAGUAGCUAUGAAUCAGGGUAUGGAUGCGAAUCCUAUAUUAUAUGAUAAUUUUAAAAAAAAUAAUUUGGAAUUUUAUACCGAAUUUUUUAAAGCUUUUAAACUAGGAAUGAAUGAUUUUAUAGAUUUUUUCCUUUCAAAAGCAGUUAGUUUAUAUCCUGUAAUGACAACAACUGAGCAUUUUUUGAGUCUCUACAGUACAGCAGAAAAAAGAAUAUUCCUUUAUGAAAUAUAUGGUUAUAAUUUGGCAAGUUUUAACACUAUUAUAACAAAAUUUUUCUAUGCACUUAACCCUGGGCUGAGGGAGGUCAUAAAUGAUUACCAUCUUAGAGCAGAUGAAUUAUGUUACAAAGAAUUUAAAAAUUUUGACCUUGGGGAAAUUUUUACCUUUGUAAAGUCUAAUUUAAUCAAUAAAUUAUAUAAUAAUUAUUUAAAAAAACAUAAAUAUGCUGCAGUACCUCCUCUUCAUGCUCUCUGGAGAUUAUUCUUCUAUAUCACUAAUAAAGAAUUCCUUACGUAUAGUAAAAUAAAAGGUGUUGUUGAACGAUACUUUUCUGCUAGCAUAUUUGAUAGAAAUACGAAACAAAUGAUUGUAAAACUUGCAUAUUCAUUCUUAACUCGAAUGAAUUAUUUAUCUUCUUCUUAUUUUGAUAGUGAUAUAGAAAAACUUAUCAACCAAAAUGACCUUAGUCUAUUUACUGAAUUCCAUACCUUAUUAAAUAAACUUAAUUUCCUUUUUUAUUGUAAAAAUGAUAAGAAAUAUUUAGAAAGAUAUAUACCUACUAAUUUGUAUGAAAAUAAUAAUACAUUUAAGAUAGACGCUACGUUACUGUACCGUGAAUUUUUAAAUUCUUUACCUCCUUAUGUUAGAAGACCUGUUCUGAACUUUUUCGAAACGGAUUUCAUAGAUGUAACGUCCAAACUUCUGAUCCAUUUUUUUACUUAUGUACAGAAACUCAUAGGUACUGAAAAAGAUCCAUUCGAAUCUGAGGAAAAUAAUAAAGUAGAAACCUUUUUCCGAUUAAAAUACCGUUUUACAAAAAAUAAAAAUGUACUUGAAGAUACUUAUAAAGAAUUCGCUGAACAUAAAAGAGGGCAAAAAGAAAAUCCUAUUAUUCUUUCUAGAAGAGUUAAAUAUGAACAUUCUAAUAAGAAAGUUAUAUACAAACAAUACCUAGACAUGGAAGACAUUAUCAGUGAAAAGUCCUUCAUUUCAUUGAUGCAAUUACUCUUAAAGGAAAGUAUAAGCUUUGCAGAAUUAAAUACACAUUUUGCAAAUUUUAUGAAGAAAAACAAUUUUUUAUUUCCCAAAUUUGAUGUUUUAAAAAAGGUAAUAAUCGAAUCAGAGGAUGAAAAUUUUUACCCAAACUUGUACAAAUUCUUUUAUGAUAAAUUUCAGCAGUUGAAAAUUUCACAGCCAAUACAAGAUAUAUAUUAUCUUUUCAUCAAAAAGUUGAUGGAGUACUCAAUUGCCCCUGCAUCCAUGAUAAAGAAUGAUGUACAACGAGACCUAGAUGAUGAAUUAACAAUUAAAUAUUAUACAUAUAUACACUUUUUACAAAAUCUAUUUAAAUGUUUAUUCGAUUUUUAUAAUUUUGAUGAUACAAACAAUUGUGCGCAGUUUGGUAAUUUCACAAAUGAACCAUUAACCUUUGAACAAAAAAUCCUGAACAUCAUGCAGGCUCCUUUUGUUGACACUACUAAACGUGUUACACAUAGUCCCGUUACAGAGAAAUACAAAAUGGAUAACGAAGCAAUUUACACACAUUUCGUUAAGCAGUUUAUCCCAUCUAGUGAAUUGUUAGAUAAAGAAGAAUUGCAAGCAGAAGUUUUCAAAUUUAGAUUCUUUGUAUCAGAAAUAACAAAGUUUGUAAUAAAAACGAUUUUGUCAAAUAUGCCAUCUAGUUAUAUAUUAUCCAUUAGUUAUGAAGAUUUGAACAUACACUUAGAUGAUAUACUUGAAGACAUGCACACCUACUUUACCACUGUUCGAAAAAUCAAACAACCACAGGAAGAAGAAUUACCAGCAUAUCCUAAUGUCAAAGGUACUGUAAAUAAUUUUAUGAAAAAUAAUAAAGAAGAAGAAAAAUAUGUACCAAUAGUACAAUUUGAAAAUAUAAAAUAUUACCUAGACAAUCAUAUUACAGAAUUUUUAUUAAAAAAUAAUGCAGUAUUUAAAUUUUUUAAUGAAUUUAUAAAAAAUAUAGACAAAUUUAAACAAUACUUCCCAUCCUUAUCUGAACUAUAUUUAUUUAUUGACAAGCGUGUAAGUAUCAUUAAUUCAAUUAAUCAUCCUUACUAUACCAAACGGGCAAAAACACAGACCAUCAUUCACGUUUUUGUGGAUUUCUUCAAAAGCUUUGGAAUUGACCUUUACCAGUUGUGA